AUGGUAAUGGUACAUAUAAUUAGCACCUCUAGUUGUCGCUUUGAGGGUCCCUGGCCUCAGCUCGGCAGCUCACCGAUGCUAGUUCUCCAUGAGCUACCUCUUCAAAUUCCAGCGGGGACGCAGCUCUCUCCGGAGCUGUCGCUGCUUCGCCAGGAUGCCUCCAGAGCAGUUGAGAGUGGGUCCGACACCUCAGCCAUGAAUAAAUUCGAUGUCCAUCUCCAAUUCGCGAGCGCGCUCCUAAAGAGCCACGCGAUUUUCCCGGACACUGAGCUGGAAGAGCUGAUCUGCAUUGCCGUGGUAAAUAUGGCUUUCUUUUGUCAGCAAUCAUGCGAGCGCCUUGUACGGAAAGCGUAUUUAGAGGGCUCGAAGGAGGCAUGGGCCAGCAGCGGCCAAUACAACAAAAAAGCGAUCGGGCUGCUAAAGUUUUUGGUUAGUUCCAGAAUUGCAAGCACUACGUCGCUUUUGGGUAUGGUUCAGACCUAUAUAAAGUGCUGGACACUCUCCCAGCAGCUGAGCGUCGUGAUAUUUUCUCUCUCCAAGCUGAGGUCGCAGAUAUGCGGCAGCAGCAAAGCUGACGUGGACCGCUACGAAAGACUUCUAGGAUUUCAAGAAUCUGAUAUCAAGGACUUAGCCAAAGCAAGCCUCCUUUACGCACGAUUGUGUAUUGGCUGCCGGGAAACCUGUUCCCAGCUCGCAAACACAAGCCUUUCAAGUCUUUGCGAGCCCCUUUGUCGCUACCUUGAUGCGUUGACCUUCGUGUUAAUGUCGCUAGACUGCUACAGAAAUGACGAGUGCGGAAAAGCGAUUGGAAUGCUCGAAGCUGCGACUGAUUGCCUCGCCAAGGGCCUGAUAUCCAACAAACAGCUAAAGUUAAUCCAGGAAACUAAAAAACUCAAAGGUAAAAUUGCUUCUAAGUUCAGAGAGCUCAAGUCUGAAGGCUCGAAGCUGCAAACUAAAAUCAAACUCUUCAAACGGUCAACUCCGAUAGAGCGAGGAGAACUACAUCCAUUCUUACAAUCUACUCUUGAAGAUUUUAUCAUCCCUCUGGUGAUGCUGCUGCACCACCGAUAUGUUAACACUAACGACAAAGUAUUUUUUCAGCCAGUUGUCAAUCAGCGGGAAGAACUAACACAUAGUUGGCCCCAAGGAAAGACACCGGAGUUGGUUGGUACUGCUUGGUUUUUUGAUGGCGAACAGUUAAAAGAGAAUUCCCCCGUCAACUCAGAGUAUUUUUGA